CAAUUUUGACAUUAAUGUGAUCAAUUCGUUUUGUUUUUGCAAUUUUGAAUUCUAUUUUCUGGUUUGUAUCGUAUGGGUUUGAUAAUCUGAAGACAAUUUAACACUCUUUAGAUAUUCAUUGUAAAAUUUAACAAUGAACACGAUACUAAAACAGUUACAGCUACUCAAAGAUGCCGAGUUGCAUUCGAAUAUUUGCAAAGUGUGCGAUAAAGCCCUAACGCUGGUGGACCAAAAAUCGGAGGCCAACAACGCCGUAUUCAAACUGCAAGUAACCCUCUACUAUGCAGAGGCCUUGUUUCUCACCCAUCAGCAUUCCCGUGCGGAAAACCUUUAUAGAGAGGCCUUACAAUUGCGCAAGGAUCAACUGUUAAAAACGAAAAACUCCUCGAAUAAAAUGGACAAUAAUUUGUUGUCUAACAUGCCGAGCGACGUCGAUUUAAAAUACCAAAUAUAUUUGUGUUGCGCCGCCUUGAAGCAGAAACAGGCAGCCGGUGAAAUUUUGCAAUCAAUCGCACCGCGCCAUCGAACGCCCAAAAUUAACAUGGCCUUGGGUAAUAUAUACAAGGAAUUGGGCAUGGAUAGGGCCGCCGUAGCCAGUUACAAAGAAGUACUUAGAGAAUGCCCUAUGGCAUUAGAAGCGGCCGAAAAUCUACUUAAAUUGGGUAUUAAAAGUAUAGAAGUUAAUUCGUUAAUGCUUCAAGUAACGACGGAUAUUGGAUGGCUGAAUCAAUGGAUCAAGGCACAAGGCCAGUUGCAACUCAAAGACUAUGCCGGGGCGCUCAACACUUAUAAAAGCAUGGAAGUUAAUGGCUUGUUGAAAAACAAUCAUUCUCUGCUAUUGAGCAUAGCCUACUGCUAUCUUUACAUGUGUGAAUACGACAAAGCUAUUUCCGUUUUACAAAAGAUUUUACGUCUUGAUCCACAUUUAUUAGCGGGAAGAGACUUAUUAUCUACGCUCUUAGCUGCGUCUGGUUCCAAAGAGCAUAUAAGAGCAUUAGAAUUGUUAACGCCCAAGAUAGAUAUCGGCCUUUGGUCUGCCGAGCAUUGGGUAGUAUUAGGAAAUUACGUGUAUUCAUUGAAGAAAUACGACAAAGCUACGUAUUACGGGCACCAAGCUCUCAUCAUGGAUAGAAAGAACGUGGAAGCUCUUCUUUUAAAAGCUAAUGCUCUAUUACAAAUUAAAAAAUACCAGGAAAGCAUAACUCAUUGUUCCGAGGCGCUUCAAAUAUGCAACAUGAGAUACGACAUUUAUAAAUGUUUGGUCGAAUGUUAUAUUCAGACAAAUAGACUAAGGGAAGCUGAAUCUAUGGCGAUCAACGCUUGCAAUCAGUUGAAUUUCAGCGCUCAGGGAUAUUGUUUACACGCCUUCGUGUUGCUGAAGGAUCCAAUGGCGUCGAGCAAAACCAUCCGUAGAACCCUCGAAAAAGCCGUAUCAUUGGACAAAUCCGACUCGACGAACGCCCUCUAUAUGCUCGUCGAGUUCCUGCAGAGGGAGCAACAACACGAGCAGGCUUCACAGUUGCUGUUGAAGAGAUUGCAAGCGCGCGAGCCGACGUCCAGGCUGCAUCAGCUCCUCGGCGAUUGCUUCAUCAAUCUGAAAAUGGACGACGAGGCGUUCGACCAUUACAAUGUAGCCUUGAAUUUGGAUCCGACGAAUCAACGAGCCACCGAAGGCUUGAACAAUAUCGGCAGAAGUUUGACGAUGAGUAAAAGGGACAGUUACUAUACGUGCGUGGGCGGUGAGACUUCGUAUUGCAAUUCGCAGGGGACCAAUUCUCUCGAUCUCGAUGGAGAGGCGGAAAGUGAUACAGAAAGCGGAACUUGGUAGUGUUGAUUAAUUUAUGUUUGUGUGUAGUUUAAGAUUAGAAUAAGUUUCGUAUUUUGUAAGUAUUGUUGAUUAA